AUGAGGGAAGAUCUGGAUAAAAUGGAUAGAUGUGGUGGACUAGAUGAUGUCAUCAGCCAAGCGUCUGGCCUCUACCUCAGUGAUGACUACAAAGAGGCCCAGAAGAAUGAGAGGGAAUCUAUCAGGCAAAAGUUGGCGCUGGGCAGUUUCUUUGACGAUGGCCCCGGCCUCUACACAAGCUGCAGCAAGAGCGGUAAACCCAGCCUUUCCUCACGGCUGCAGAGCGGCAUGAACCUACAGAUCUGUUUUGUCAACGACAGUGGCAGCGACAAGGACAGCGAUGCGGACGACAGCAAAACAGAGACUAGUCUGGACACACCUCUGUCCCCUAUGUCCAAGCAGAGUUCCUCCUACUCAGACAGGGACACCACCGAGGAUGACUCAGAGUCUCUGGAGGACAUGGACUUUCUGAGUCGACAGAAGAAGCUUCAGGCAGAGGCAAAGCUGGCCCUGGCUAUGGCUAAGCCUAUGGCCAAGAUGCAGGUGGAGGUGGAGAAACAGAAUCGUAAAAAGUCCCCAGUGGCCGACCUGCUUCCACACAUGCCUCAUAUCAGCGAGUGUCUUAUGAAAAGAAGUCUGAAGCCCACCGACUUGAGAGACAUGACUUUGGGCCAGCUCCAGGUUAUAGUAAAUGACCUGCACUCCCAGAUAGAGAGUCUGAAUGAGGAGCUUGUACAGUUGCUGCUGAUUCGUGAUGAACUACACAUGGAGCAAGACGCCAUGCUGGUUGACAUAGAAGACCUCACCAGGCAUGCCGAGAGCCAGCAGAAACAUUUGGCUGAGAGGACCCUAUCCAAAUAAGAUGCCCAUCCCUAUCCACUCCGCCUCCCUCUGCCAAGCUUAACCCCUCGUC